CUGACACCUCAUUUUUCGAUUUUCAGCUCAGUAGUUGGUGGCAGUCCAUUGGAUCGACGGCAUGGACGAAGCUGUGAUCUUCAAGCCACAAACGACGACGAUAAGCCGGAUAAAUAUGACAAUCCGAUAGCACAGGUGUCAUCGGAUAUUUUGCGUGUGUCCGGCUAUACACAGCAGUUUCGAACUUUGCUGACAGCUCGCUUCUCACCGAGGCGUGAAUCGGUGCCGAAUGUUCACUUGGAACUGGAAGAGGAUAAAGAAAGAUGA